AUGAAGGUGCCAAAGACUAUCACUUACAAUAGUCUUGUUGAUCAAUUGUAUACUUUAAUCGAAGCUGACAAGUCUCGUAUUGAUCUUGACUUAAAUGUAAUCUAUCAUUUUGGAAGUAAAGGUAUCCCUCCAUCUUUGAUUAGUAAUGAUGAUGAUGUUGCUUUUUUUCUUAAUGAGAUAGGAACAUCUAUCAAUCAUCGGACACCCCUAUGUGUGUCUACUAUAGAGAAGAGAAGUAAUGAUUCUUUGGUUACUAAAACGCAUGAUAAUGAAAAUAUUGAUAGGCCUACCUGCAAUGAUGUACUUGUGAAGCAUAAUUUACAACAGUCAACCUCCAAUGAAGUAUUGAAGAGCCAUGAUUCCUCAAAUAAUAGAGGUCGUAAAGUAAGACAGGUUGGUGAAGAUAAUCUAUGGACUACUCCACUUUUGUUGAAUCAAGGGGAAAAAGGCUCUACUUCAGCCUUAACAACUCAAUUACUGACAUCUUCUUCGAGUAUCAAUUCGUGGGAAAUAAAAGAGGGUCAAAUAUUUGAGAACAAGCAAGAGUUGAAGAUGAAACUCCAUCUUUAUGCUUUAAAGAAAAACUUUGAGUUUAAAGUAAAGAAGUCUGCGAAAAAUAUAUGGUGUACAGUAUGUGUUGAUGAUAAAUGCAAAUGGAGGUUGAGGGCUACAAAAUUGGUUAAUUCCAAUAUGUUCGAGGUUCGUAAAUUUUUCAGUGAACACACAUAUUCAUUGGAUGUUCGACAUAAAGAUCACCGUCAGGCAUCCCCAUGGCUUAUUGGACAUCUCAUAAGGAGAAAAUUUGAGGGUGAUAAUGUUAAUUACAAGCCAAUGUCAAUUGUAAAAGAUAUGAGUUUAUCAUAUGGAGUUCAUAUGAGCUAUGCUAAAGCUUGGAGGUGUCGAGAGCAUGCAUUGGCUUACAUAAGAGGUACACCAGAAUCAUCAUUUCAGAAACUUCCCUCAUUUCUAUACAUGAUGGAGCAAAAAAAUCCUGGAAUUGUUACUCAUUUGCAGAUGGACAAUGAAGGUGGGUUCAAACAUUGCUUCAUGGCCUUAGGUGUUUCUAUAAUGGGGUUUAAAACAUAUAUUCGCCCAGUUAUAUGUGUAGAUGGAACCUUCUUGACUACUCGGUGUGGAGGUAAUUUGUUAUGUGCCAUGGGACAAGAUGCUAACAAGCAAAUAUAUCCAAUUGCAUUUUCAAUAAUUGACUCAGAGAAUAAUGACUCAUGGUUGUAUUUUCUACUAAGGUUGAAGGAAGUGAUUGGUGAAGUUGAGAAUCUAGUAUUCGUGUCUGAUAGACAUACUAGUAUAGCAAGUUCCUUGACUAAAAAAUUUCCUGAGGCACACCACGGUGCUUGUAUACAUCAUGUUAGCAUGAAUAUCCGUGCGAAGUUCAAAACUGACCAUUGCCAUGAAGAAUUCUUCCUUGCAGUGAAAGCUUAUAAAAAGCGAGAGUUUUUACGCCAUUUUGAGAAGAUUAAAUUCAAAGAUCUUGCAAUUGCUCAAUACUUAGAGAAUCAAGUGGGUUUUGAAAAGUGGGCUCGUUCUUUCUUUCCUAGUCAUCGAUAUAAUUUAAUGACUACAGGUAUUGCCGAAAGCUGGAACAAUGCCAUUGCUGAGGCACGUGGGUGGCCAAUUACUUGUCUCAUGGAAUUUAUGAGGCACACUUUACAAAAAUGGUUUUUCAAGCGUCAAACUGCAGCAUCAGCGGCUACAGUAUUGGACGGUGAUCUUGAUGGAGAUGUCGACCUGAGGAGGAAAAAAUGUAGUUGUAGAAGAUUUGAUUUGACAGGUCUUCCUUGUGAACACGCUCUAGCUGGUGCUCGAGAUUGUGGCAUUAGUCCAUAUAGUUUAUGCUCCAGAUUCUACACAGUUGAAGCGUGGUUGUCAUCCUAUGGUGGAUCUGUAUAUACGCUAGGUAAUGAAGAAUCUUGGGUGAUACCAAAUGACAUAGGAAGUAUGAUGAUAGCUCCUCCUUUAGUGAAGUAG